AUGGCUGGUAAGCACUUGUAUCCCACGCUGUACAUUCUUGACGAACCGCGCCGCUCAGGCCGAGCAACGAAAGGCCAACACAAGAACCUCGAUAUCGAACCCCCGCAAAACAAACGGAAAAAUAAGGGCCAAGGAAAGGGCCAAAAACAGAACUCGAACGAACCUACGCCGCCGGUAUUAAACGAAGAAGACGAAAUAAUCCGAUGUAUAUGCGGUGAAUACGAAGAGGAAGAGGAUGUCGAACGUGAUAUGAUAUGCUGUGACAAAUGUGCUGCCUGGCAACAUAACGACUGUAUGGGCCUUGUCUUCCCGAAGGGAGAAGAGCCGGCGGAAUAUUUCUGUGAAAGAUGCAAACCAGAGAACCAUAGAGAGUUGUUGGAUAAGAUAAAUAGGGGCGAGAAACCAUGGGAAGAAGCGGCCGCAAAGAGAGCGCAAGAGGCGGAAGAGAGGAAAGCUCGCAAGAAGAAGGGUGGAAAACGGGGGAAGAAAGCCAGGCAAAGUGAUGUCAAACCAGAGCAUGGCGAUACUCCGACUGCGGCCAAGGGGGAUAAGCAGUCCCCCCCGAUGCAGCAUAAUAUCGAAGUAGCUGUAUCCCCUCACUAUGAGGACAGCAGCGCCCACAAACGUAAACACGAAGAACAAGGGGAGAAUACUCCGCAGGAACCGGGUUCGAGACAGAAACUACAAAAGUUGUCUACAAACCUCCCAGCUCCGCCUCAGGAUGCACGAAGCUCACCUGUUCAGAGUGGAGUGCAAAGCGGAAGACAAAGUGCCUCAAGCCCAAGGACACCUAGCCAGGGGCCUACUUUAAAAUCUCGGUCUGGAUCUACGGCUGGGAUCGAUCAUCUGAUUGUAGCUAGGAGAAGUGCUGCAACCGCAUUGUCCAAACUGGUCAUCGAAAUUGCUGGUGCUGCAGUGGCUGCUGGUACUUUUACUAUCCCAUCAGACAGCACAAAAGAGACUGUUGGUGAAAGGCUCGGGGCUGAGAUAGAAGAUUGUAUGUAUAGGAAUCUUUGUGGGUCAUCCGGGGAACCUAAUGAUGCCUAUAAAAACCAACUGCGGACCAUCCUGUUCAAUGUAAGGAAAAAUCCUUCGUUACGUGAUAGUCUGCUUGUAGGCCGUACAACGCCAGAUGCUAUAUCGACAAUGAGCACACAAAACAUGGCUAGCCAGGAGCUACGUGAAAAGGACGAAGAAAUCAAGCGGGAGGCAGAGAGGCAGCAUACUAUCAUCCAGGAACAAGGACCUCGGAUUAGACGCACCCAUAAAGGAGAAGAGUUGGUAGAGGCUGACCAGCAAACCAUUGGCACCGAAUCCGUCUUCUCUACAGCACCAGCUCGUCGGGACACUGCUACCGAAAACGAGCUCCCUUCGGCCAAAAGUCCGCGCCAUACCAGCCCUACUUCACCCCAUGGCCCACCAUAUGCGGACGGCGCUGCUCGCGAAUCUUCUGAUACCAAUCGCCGGGCGUCUUCCAACUUCAAUAUUGAAAAUGUUUGGUCAAGCGUUCACUCUCCCGGGGCCUCUCACCCGGAUCAGCAAUUUGGUCUUGCCUCCUCAUUUAAUGAGCCUCCACUUCCCAUGAAUAAAGUCCAGGAGGACGCGGAGAUUGACAACUUGUUAAGAGACGAAGCUGACUCUCCGCCCUACUCUCCCAAGGAUAUCCAGGAUGAUGGGGACAUUUGGCAUGGUUCAGUGUCUAUGAGCUCUGUGGCAACCUUUUAUACUGCCGGGAAACAUGUUGGUGGCGCUGAUCUCAGUGCAAGGAUUCCCUGGUCACAACUUGUCCCUCCAACAAUCACAGUCGAUGGUCGGAUCGAUGUCCAAUUGGCAAGUAACUACCUUUGCGGGUUAAGAUACAGUCAUACCACAGAUAUUUCGGUAGUUGCCCUUGCGCAGCCCCAUGCACCCAAUGAUGUCGUGCAGUUCAACCGACUGUUCGAUUAUUUCAUGGACCGCAAAAGGUACGGAGUGAUCGGAAAACACCCUCUUCCUGCAGUUAAGGAUGCCUACCUAGUUCCAGUGGAGGCUGGUCACAGCAAGAAGCCGGACUUUAUUGAGCUCCUUGAGAAUAAUCAGGUCCAGGAUCCGACACCGACCCGUCUUCUCCUCUUUGUCCUUGUUGUCAAAACUAACAUUAACCAAUCUACUCCCUCUCAUACAACUCCCCAAGGCCCAUCCCGGAAUGCGGCUAGCCCUUUACAAGCGGAUAAUGAAUACAACCCAGUUGAUCCUGCAGGGCUAGGCCUAGCCCAGGGGAACUUGUCAGGCCAAGGUAUAAAUACCCAACAAGCACAAUUCAACAACGGUCCAGCCAAUAUCCGGCCAUCUACUCAAGCUAUUACGGGCCAGCAGGCAGCUAUUCAGGUGCUUGGGCCACUAGCAUCGGCUCCUGCCAUCCAGGAACUGUUACAGAGGGCACCUCAUGCUAGUGUCGAGCAGCUCAAUGUCAUAGCAAGCAUCCUGAGACAGAAUCCUCCCACCGCUAAUAAUUACCAACUUCUAAUGGGUGCGCUUUUGCAGACGACAAAUGGGGCACAAUCAACUUGA